GAUUGGUCAGCGCUCCUGUGCCCGUCUUGGACUCAUACAAACAAAACAGGUCAUGUCAUGAUUACAGUGUGCUAAUGGCAAUCAAACAAGGCUAACUUUUCGAAAACACAAACCCGGCUGGAUUACCUCCUUUCCCAGCGACGAUGUUCUAACCGUGACUUUGGGAAUUGCAAAGAAAUCCUCGACAUGAAUUUCUCUGAGGUCUUCAAGCAAUCCAACCACCUUUGUAAAAUUUCCCCAGAUGGGAAAUAUUUAGCUACCUGCGUUCAGUACAGGUUGGUGGUACGGGAUGUGAGCACGCUGCAGAUCCUGAACCUCUACACGUGCCUGGACCAAAUAUCUCACAUGGAAUGGUCCUCUGACUCUCAGUUCAUCUUGUGUGCUAUGUACAAGAGAGCACUGGUGCAGGUGUGGUCGUUGGAACAGCCCGACUGGCACUGUAAAAUCGACGAGGGCUCGAUCGGCCUGGUCGCUUCUCGCUGGAGUCCAGACGGACGUCACAUUCUCAACACCACAGAAUUCCAUCUCAGGAUCACCGUGUGGUCCCUGUGCACCAAAGCUGUGUCUUAUAUCAAGAAUCCCAAAGCUUGUCACAAGGGUAUUGAUUUCAGCAGAGAUGGCUGUUACAUGGCCUUGGCCGAACGGCGCGACUGCAAAGAUUAUGUUUGUGUGUUUGUGUGCGACGACUGGCAUUUGCUCAGGCAUUUUGAGACCGAGACGCAGGACCUGGCAGGGUUAGAGUGGUCUCCUAAUGGCUGCGUCCUGGCUGUUUGGGACAGCUGUCUGGAGUACAAGGUGUUGCUGUAUUCUCUGGAUGGCCGCUUGCUGUCCACUUACAGCGCCUACGAGUGGUCGCUGGGAGUCAAGUGUGUGGCCUGGAGCCCCAGCAGUCAAUUCCUGGCCAUUGGCAGCUACGAUGAGAAAGUACGCAUCCUGAACCACAUCACAUGGAAGAAGAUCGCGCAGUUUGAACACCCAGCAACAGUCACCUCUACGAAAGUUGUUGUGUAUAAGGAAGUGGAGAAAAGGUCAGCUGCCGGCAGUGAAGAACACACGCGACACAACAUAACGUUGGGCUCGAGUCUAUUAAGCCGCCGGAGCAAAUAUGAGAUUCACCCAGCGCCAGUUCAAAUGCCCGUGGUCAGACCAGACCCAGACAGGGCCAACCCCAAGAUCGGCGUCUCUACUUUGGCCUUCAGCUCAGACAGUCGCUACUUAGCCACCAAAAAUGAUAACAUGGCCAGCGUCAUCUGGGUGUGGGACUUGCAGAAGAUGAGCCUCGAGGCCGUGCUCGAGCAGACGUCGGCCGUGCGCUGCUUCCAGUGGGACCCGAAACGCUCGCGGCUGGCCAUGUGCACCGGCAACACCAAAGUUUACCUGUGGACCCCGACGGGAUGCGUUUCUGUCGAAGUCCCGAGCGAUGGCGGAUUCCAGGUGCAGCACUUGUCGUGGCACUGCCACGGGGAUCCUCUCAUCCUGCUUGGGAAGGAGCAACUGUGUUUGUGCUACACCAAUACCGGCGCUGAGGACAAGUGAUGUGAGCAGGCGCAUAAUUGGAAUUCACUUUCAGGGUAUUCUUCCGUGAAAACUGGUCCAGUCAGUGAACUAGGGACUCAGCGCUCAGCUCCACCAGCGCAAUUUACUUGAAGUACUUUGUCAUACGGAACCUUUUGGAAAACCUGACAUUGACCUUUUUAGAUUAAGAAAACAAAAACAUUAGAUAAAUACACACGAGGGCACUGGUUGUGAACACUGUGAGGUUGACUGUGCAAGCUCUGAGCGGUCACUUUCUAAACAUUUGUACUUUCCCAUGACAUUUUUGUACGUUAUUUUGAAUAAAAUUUGACUACCGA